AGCAUAGCAUAGAAGGAGAAAAUGAGAGAGUACCAAAAUCUGCGUUAACCUAAGAAAGAGAAGCAGGAAGAGGAUGAUCGGCGUCGGAAAGAUGAAGCAGUAUAGUAAUGUCCUCGACAAGCCUCUCACAAAAGGAAAGCAAGAGGUUAGUUUGAGUGCAUUUGCGUUCUUGUUCUCCGAGCUUGUUCAGUACAACCAAACGCAGGUCGAUAAUAUUGGCGAGCUCGAACGAAGGCUGGAGGAUGCUGGAUAUGCCGUUGGGGCUAGGGUCCUUGAGCUUCUUUGUCACAGAGAUAAGGGAAACCGAAGGGAGACACGGCUGUUGGGUAUUCUUUCUUUUGUGCACAGUACAGUGUGGAAAGUAUUAUUCGGAAAGGUAGCUGAUUCACUUGAGAAAGGAACUGAACAUGAAGAUGAAUACAUGAUCAGUGAAAAGGAGCUCCUAGUAAACAAAUUCAUUUCUAUCCCUAAGGACAUGGGGACGUUUAAUUGUGGAGCAUUUGUUGCUGGAAUAGUACGGGGUGUUUUGGAUGGUGCCGGGUUUCCAGCUGUUGUAACAGCACAUUUUGUGCCCAUGGAAGGUCAACAACGACCACGGACAACAAUUUUGAUAAAAUUUGCCGAAGAGGUUUUGCGUAGAGAAGCAAGAUUAGGCUGAUGUUUAUAUCAAGAUUUUUCAAUUAAGAUAUUUGUAAUGCUGUACACCAAUAUAGAAAGUGGAACUUUCACCUCUGCGUGUGAAAAGUAAUUUAGGAUUUUCACCACCCUAUCCUUUUUAUCUGUCCUUUAAACUGUUUUUCAUUCUAAUGUAUUGGAGUCACGGAGUUAUUCUUACUGAAUUACAAUGUACAAAAAAUUUCGUGUUGUUGUUGCAAUUAAUUUCACUCUGUCUCAUUCCGUAUAUCAUUGAGGAUGACACCGAGGAAAUGAAGCUUGAUUUGCU